AUGGAACAAUCUCCAAUGGAAACCAUUAUGGAGAGCAGUGGGCCAAAGGUUUUGGAAACAGCUGAAGAAAUUCAGCAGAGGCGUCAGGAGGUGCUGAAUCGGUACGAGCGGUUCAAGGAACGGGUUGCUGAGAGGGGCCAGAAGCUGGAAGAAUCCUAUUACUACCAGGUUUUCAGGCGAGAUGCGGAUGACCUGGAGAAGUGGAUCAUGGAGAAAGUCGAGACUGCAUCAGAUAAAAGCUAUGAAGAUCCCACGAACAUACAGGGGAAAUAUCAGAAGCAUGAAUCUUUUGUAGCAGAGGUGCAAGCAAAAUCAAAGGUCCUUCCUGAACUGGAAGAAAUCAGGAAAGUUCGAUUUACUGAAGAUCACUUUGCCCAUGAGGACACUAAGGCCCAUUUGGAGGAACUGCGUCGUCUAUGGGACCUGCUGCUGGAGUUGAUGCAGGAGAAAGGCAACCUGCUGUUGCAGAUCCUGAAUUUCCAGAAGUACUUACAGGAGUGUGAGGACAUCUUGGAAUGGAUUGGCGACAAGGAGGCUAUAGUGACAUCAGCAGAGCUGGGUGAGGACUGGGAGAGAACAGAAAUUUUGCAUAAGAAGUUUGAAGAGUUCCAGAAAGAACUGGAAGCUCGAGAGGAGAGAGUGGAUAAAGUGAACCAGUAUGCCAAUGAAUGUGCAGAGGAGAGCCAUCCUCAGUUGCCUUUGAUAAAGACCAAACAGGAUGAAGUAAAUGCUGCCUGGAAGCGUCUCUGUGAUCUUGCCCACCAACGACGGGAAAACCUGUAUAGUGCUGCAGACCUCCAGAGAUUCAAAAGGGAUAUGACUGAAGCCAUGCAGUGGAUCAAGGAGAAGGAGCCUCUAGUCACCUCUGAAGACUAUGGCAGAGAUCUUGUUACGUCUGAGGCACUGUUUCACAAUCAUAAAGGACUUGAGAGAAAUCUUGCAGUCAUGGAGGACAAGGUAAAGGAGUUAUGUGCCAAAGCAGACAAGCUGAUGAUUUCCCAUCCUUCGGAGGAACUUCAGAUCAAGCAGAUGAAAGAGGAUCUGCUCUCCAACUGGGAGCACCUCCGUGCCUUGGCUACUAUCAGAUAUGCAAAACUGCAGGCUUCUUAUGGGUACCAGCGGUUCUUAUCUGACUAUGAUGAACUUUCAAGCUGGAUGAAUGAGAAGACUGCUCUGAUCAAUGCUGAUGAGCUGCCAGCAGAUGUGGCGGCUGGGGAAGCCCUACUGGACAGGCAUCUGCAGCAUGAGCAUGAGAUUGAUUCUUAUCUUGACCGAUUUCAAGCUGCUGAAAUGACUGGUUGGGAGUUGCUGGAUGGCGAGCAUGAAGCCUCUGAUGAAAUUCGGGAAAAGAUGACAACACUUUCUAACGAGUGGAUUGCCCUGCGGAAUUUGUGGUCCAAGCGUCAGCAACAAUACCAGCAAUGCCUUCACUUUCACCUCUUCUACCGAGACAGUGAGCAAGUAGACAGUUGGAUGAGCAGACAAGAGGCCUUCUUGGAAAAUGAAGAUCUGGGAAAUUCUCUGGGCAGUGUAAAAGCCCUUCUGCAGAAGCACGAUGACUUUGAGGAAGCCUUUACUGCCCAAGAAGAGAAGAUCACUACCUUAGACAAUACUGCAACCAAUCUGAUUGACAAUGACCAUUAUGAUUCAGAGAACAUUGCUGCUAUCCGUAAUGGGUUGUUGGCCCGGCGGGAUGCCCUACGAGAAAGGGCUGCCACUCGGCGGAAAUUGCUGGUGGAUUCAUUACUUCUGCAGCAACUGUAUCAGGACUCUGAUGACCUGAAAAACUGGAUUAACAAGAAGAAGAAGUUGGCAGAUGAUGAAGAUUACAAGGAUACACAGAACUUGAAGAGCAGGGUUCAAAAGCAGCAAGACUUUGAAAAGGAAUUGGCAACUAAUGAGAUCAUGCUCAAUAACCUGGAGAAAACUGGCCAAAAGAUGAUUGAAGAUGAUCACUAUGCCUCUGAUAACGUGGCCGCUCGUUUGAAUGAAGUUACCAGCCUCUGGAAGGAGUUAAUGGAGGCGACUGCUCAGAAAGGGACUCAACUGAAUGAAGCUAACCAGCAGCUACAAUUUGAAAAUAAUGCAGAAGACUUGAAGCACUGGCUGGAGGAAGUAGAGGGGCAGGUUGCCUCUGAGGUUUAUGGGAAAGGCCUUGCUGGUGUUCAGAAUCUACUCAGGAAACAUGUCCUCCUGGAGUCGGCUGUGGUUUCUCGUCAGGAUCAGGUGGACACCCUCACAGAUAUGGCUGCACAUUUUGAAGAAAUAGGUCAUCCUGAUGCUGGGGACAUGAGGGCCAGGCAGCAAUCCUUGGUGUCACGAUUUGAAGCUCUGAAAGAGCCAUUGACCACCCGGAAGAAAAAGCUCAUUGACCUAUUCCGUCUGCAGCAGAUUUGCAGAGACACAGAAGAUGAGGAAGCCUGGAUCCAAGAGACUGAACCUUCAGCAGCAUCCACCCAGCUUGGCAAGGACUUAGUUGCAGCCAAAAAUCUUCUGAACAGGCACCAAGUCAUCUUGGCAGACAUUACCAGCCAUGAGCCACGAAUCCAAGUGAUAACAGAGAGGGGAAACAAAAUGGUAGAGGAAGGACACUUUGCUGCAGAAGAUAUUGCCUCUAGGGUUGAGAGUUUGAACAAGAAUAUGGAAUCUCUCAACGCUCGAGCUAAGAGGCGGCAGAAUGAUCUUGAGGCCAAUGUCCAGUUCCAACAAUACCUGGCUGAUCUGCAUGAAGCAGAGGCAUGGAUCAGAGAGAAGGAGCCUAUUGUGGACAACACUAACUAUGGAGCUGAUGAAGAAGCCGCUGGGGCUCUCCUCAAGAAGCAUGAGGCCUUCUUGGUGGAUCUCAAUGCAUUUGACAAGAGUAUGCAAGCGCUACGGGAUCAGGCAGAAGCCUGCCAGCAACAGCAGGCUGCACCCAUGGAGGAUGCUGCUCAAGAAGCAAGGGUUGUGGCUUUAUAUGACUUUGAGGCCCGUAGCCACCGAGAGGUCACCAUGAAGAAGAAUGAUGUGCUAACUUUGCUCAGUUCCAUCAACAAGGACUGGUGGAAGGUUGAAGCGGAUGAUCACCAGGGCUUUGUGCCAGCUGUCUAUGUCAGAAGACUGGCCCACGAUGAGCUCCCCAUGGUCCCAAAGCGGCGGCGAGAAGAGCCAGAUGACAUUGCCCAGCGCCAGGAGCAGAUUGAGGAACUGUACCGCUCUCUCUGUGAACGUGCGGAAGAACGCAGACGUUGCCUGCUACAACGUUAUAAUGAAUUUCUGCUGGCCUAUGAGGCAGGAGACAUGUUGGAGUGGAUUCAAGAGAAAAAAGCAGAAAACACUGGAGUUGAACUUGAUGAUGUUUGGGAGCUGCAGAAAAAGUUUGAUGAAUUUCAAAGGGAUUUGAAGACCAAUGAGCCUCGGCUAAGGGAUAUCAACAAGGUAGCUGAUGAUCUACUAUGGGAAAACCUUUUGACACCAGAAGGAGCUCACAUCCGGCAGGAAUUGAAUACACGCUGGGAUUCCUUACAGAGGCUUGCUGAUGAACAGCAGCAGCUGCUAGGCAGUGCACAUGCUGUAGAGAUGUUUCACAGAGAUGUAGAUGACACAAAGGAACAGAUUGAGAAGAAGUGCCAGGCCCUCAGAGCUGCUGACCCUGGCUCCGACCUGAUCAGUGUUCAGGCGCUUCAGCGACAACAUGAAGUCUUUGAGAGAGACCUCACCCCUCUGAGGGAAAAGGUGACCAUACUGGGAGAGACAGCAGAACGGCUCAGUGAGUCCCACCCAGAUGCCAUUGAGGACCUGCAGAGACGGCGAACAGAGCUGAAUAAUGCCUGGGAUGACCUACAGGUGCUUACAGAGGACCGUAAAGAAAACCUAAAUGAGGCCCAGAAAUUCUAUCUCUUCCUCAGCAAGGCCAGGGACCUUGAGAAUUGGAUGAGUGGCAUUGGAGGCAUGGUGUCAUCACAGGAGCUGGCUGAGGACUUAACUGGCACAGAGAUCUUGAUAGAGCGACACCAGGAGCAUCAUGACGAGAUGGAGGCAGAAGCCUCCACCUUCCAGGACUUAGAAAACUUUGGCACAGACCUUAUAGACAGUGGGCAUCGUAAAAGCCCUGAGAUUGAAAAUAAACUUCAAGAUGUUAAACGAAAGAGAGAUGAUUUGGAGAAGGCUUGGGAUCAACGCAAGAAGAUGCUAGACCAAUGCCUGAACUUGCAGUUUUUCCAAGGUAAAUGUGAACAGAUUGAGAGCUGGAUGGUGGCACGUGAGAAUUCCCUCAGGUCAGAUGACAAAGAUUCCUUAAAUAGCCUAGAGGCCCUGAUGAAGAAACGUGAUGAUUUGGACAAAGCAAUCGCUGCUCAGGAAGGAAAAAUCAAUGACCUAAAAGAUUUUGCUGAUCAGCUUAUAAAUGAUGACCACUACGCCAAGGAAGAGAUCACUGCUCGGCUCCAACAAGUGCUAAACAGAUGGGAUGCUCUCAAAGCACUACUGAUUGCUGAACAAACAAAACUUGGAGACUACGCUGAUCUGAAAAAAUUCUACCAUGACCUUGAGGAGCUAGAAGAAUGGAUCAGUGAGAUGAUGCCCAUAGCCUGUGAUGAAUCCUACAAAGACCCCACCAACAUUCAGAGGAAAUACCUGAAGCACCAGACCUUUGAAAAUGAGGUCCAUGGUCGAGCUGAGCAGGUAGAAGAAGUCAUCAACCUGGGGAACUCCCUGAUUGAGCGGAAGGCGUGUGAUGGCAGUGAAGAGACCAUGGAGGAGCAACUGAAAUUGCUAAAAGAACAUUGGGAAAACCUCCUUGAGAGAACAAUUGACAAAGGACAGAAACUCGAUGAGGCUAGUCGUCAGCAGAGGUUCAACACAAGUGUCCGGGAUUUCGACUUCUGGCUUUCAGAGGCAGAGACACUUCUGGCAAUGAAAGAUCAGGCCAAGGACCUGGCUUCUGCAGAAAACCUGCUCAAGAAACAUCAGCUAUUGGAAAAAGAGAUGUCGGCUCGAGAGGAUGCACUCAAGGACCUGAAAAACUUGGCUACGGAUCUGCUCUCCAGUGGAACUUUCAACAUUGAGCAGAUUGUGGAGAAAAGGGAUAGUAUCAACUCGCGGUUUGAAAAUGUUCAGAACUUGGCAACUGCACAUCAUGAGAAACUGAAAGAGGCCUAUGCCUUGUUCCAGUUCUUCCAAGAUCUAGAUGAUGAGGAAUCCUGGAUAGAAGAGAAACUGGCACGAGUAAGCUCCCAGGACUAUGGGAGGGAUCUGCAGGGAGUUCAGAACUUACUGAAGAAGCACAAACGCCUGGAGGGGGAGCUGGUGGCACAUGAACCUGCUGUCCAGAAUGUGCUGGAUAUGGCAGAGAAGCUGGGAGACAAGGAUGCUGUGGGGCAAGAGGAAAUCCAGGAGCGGCUAGCUCAGUUUGUUCAACACUGGCAGAAACUCAAAGAGUUGGCCAAGGACAGAGGGCUUCGGUUGGAAGAGUCUCUACAAUUCCUGCAAUUCAUGGAGAAUGCAGAGGAAGAGGAAACGUGGAUCAGUGAAAAGGCGGUGAUGGUGGCCCGAGGGGAUUCUGGAGAUACACUGGCUGCUACUCAGAACUUUCUAAAGAAGCAUGAAGCUUUGAAUAAUGACUUUGCUGUCCAUGAGACCCGAGUGCAAAAUGUGUGUGCACAAGGAGAAGACAUCCUGAGUAAGUUCUUAUAUGAAGAAAUUCAGAAUAAAGAGAAGAUUUCUGCAAAGAUCCAGGUUCUGAAUGAAAAGGUCCCUUCUCUGGCCAAUGCGAUAGCAGCUUGGAAGUUGCAAUUGGAAGAUGAUUAUGCCUUUCAGCUAUUUAACUGGAAGGCUGAUGUGGUAGAGUCCUGGAUAGCUGAGAAGGAAAUGAGCCUGGAGAACGAGUACAAUGGUGCGGACCUCACUGCCUUUCUAACUCUCCUGGCAAAGCAGGACACACUGGAUGCCAGUCUUCAGAGCUUCCAGCAAGAGCAACUUGCUGAGAUCACUGACCUGAAGGACCAACUGGUAGCAGCUCAGCACAGCCAGAGCAAAGCAAUCGAGGAGCGCCAUGAUGCCCUGCAAAGGCAUUGGAAGCAGUUGCUGGAAGCCUCUGCAGCCCACAGAGAGAAAUUGCUGGAAAAGCAGCUGCCUCUACAAAAGGCUGAGGAGCUGUUCAGGGAGUUUGCACACAAGGCUUCAGUUUUCAACAACUGGUGUGAGAAUGCCGAAGAGGACCUAUCAGAGCCUGUUCACUGCGUGUCCCUGCAGGAGAUCCGACAGCUGCACAAGGACCAUGAAGCCUUCUUGGCCUCCUUGGCUGGGGCUCAAGAAGACUUCAACCAUCUGCUAGAGCUAGAUAAGCAGAUUAAGGCCUUAGAUGUGCCCUCCAGCCCUUAUACCUGGCUGACAGUGGAGGUGCUGGAAAGGAUCUGGAAACAACUACCUGACAUGAUCAAGGAACGGGAGGAGGAGCUGCAAAAAGAAGAGGCAAGGCAGGUCAAGAACUUUGAGAUGUGCCAAGAGUUUGAGCAGAAUGCCAGUGCCUUCCUUCAGUGGAUCCAGGAGACCAGGGCUUAUUUUCUGGAUGGAUCUUUACUCAAAGAAACAGGAACUCUAGAAUCCCAAUUGGAAGCAAAUAAAAGGAAGCAGAAGGAGAUCCAGGCCAUGAAGCGUCAGUUGACUAAGAUUGAGGACCUGGGAGACAACAUGGAAGAGGCUCUGAUCCUCGACAUCAAAUACAGCACCAUUGGUCUGGCCCAGCAGUGGGACCAGCUCCAUGAGCUGGGGAUGCGGAUGCAACACAAUCUGGAGCAACAGAUCCAAGCCAAGGAUACCAUAGGUGUGAGUGAGGAGACACUAAAGGAGUUUAGCACCACCUAUAAACACUUUGAUGAGAAUUUGACAGGGCGCUUGACUCACAAAGAAUUCCGGUCCUGCCUGAGAGGACUCAAUUAUUACUUGCCCAUGGUGGAGGAGGAUGAACCUGAGCCUAAGUUUGAGAAGUUCCUGGAUGCUGUGGACCCAGGGAGGAAGGGCUAUGUCUCACUGGAGGACUAUACAUCAUUCCUGAUUGACAAGGAGUCGGAGAACAUCAAGACCAGUGAUGAAAUAGAGAAUGCUUUCCAUUCCCUGGCAGAGGGCAAGGCCUAUAUUACCAAAGAGGACUUGAAGCAGGCCUUAACCCCAGAACAAGUGUCAUUCUGCACCAUACAUAUGCAGCAGUAUAUGGACCCACGGGGUCGAAGCCAUCCUGCUGGCUAUGAUUAUGUGGGCUUCACCAGUUCCUACUUUGGCAACUAA